AUGGCAACUGGAGUAUGUAACAACAAUGACAGAAAGGGCGAAGACGACCCCAAAAGCAAAGACAACGACAUCGGUGGAAAUACAGCUUUCGGGUAUAUGAUGGCAGACCCUGAUUAUACGUUCGGCUGCUGUGGGGUUAUCGAGAAAUGGCAGGCCAUGUUCGAUAACGUUGAACCAGACACACGGACUCUGGUUUUUCAAGUCUGGCGACCGAUUACAGGGUCAACUUAUCGACUCGUUGGGCAGAAUUCCGUCACUGUUUCUGCCGACGCUGAGGUUACAUUUCCGAUAACGACGGGUAAAAGAAUAACUGUGAAAGAUCAGGACCGUAUCGGAUGGUGGACUGACGGGGCGGAUAUCAUCACCCACAAGGACGGCGGCAACGGUGAGGCUGAUCAAAACAAUUAUAUGGCCUUAGCCACGAAAAUUGUUGGGGACGAAGUCGACUGGAGUGGUGCCACUGUAACUAAUGACCGCUCAUACGGGAUAAGAGCUGAUCUCAACCCGAAUAAUGACCCCUCAUUCACAAAUCUCCCCGGAUCGACGUCCAUAACCAAUGCCGCUGCCGCCGCCACAAGCCUGGUCACCAUUACCGUCACAGACACAGACUCAUAUGACGUUGACACACUUGACGUCACAAUGACAACAAACGCCAGAUAUGCUUUCGAUACGACAACAAAGAUUUUGACAACAGCUAGCAGCCUAACUGACGUUGGAUCUACAGUAGACCGGCUUGUGUUCCAAGUUGUUGACCAGUGUGAUAACACAGCAUCAGCUACAUUUACUGUCACAAUUACCAAUGAUCCGCCAGUAAUCCAGAACCUCCCAGCAUCCGAAUCACUGAGCGAGGAUGUUACAGCAGAGACGCUUAUAUUCACCGUCACCGCCACUGACUCAGCUAAUGACGUUACAUGCUCGCUUGCGGCAGGAGUACCAACCACGUUACCCUUCCUGGUUAAGCAGAUACCGUCAUCAACUGAUUAUGGCAUUUACAGCAAGUCUAAUCCUGGCUUUGAUUAUGAAGCAACAAACUCUUACACUUUUAACAUCGACUGUUCGGAUGGAUAUAGCUCGGAUUCAGAAGAUUUCACCGUCUAUCUUUUGAAAAACGCUGCUCCUGUUUUUGUCAACCUGCAAAACUCUACGUCCAUAUCUACGACCGAUCCAGUUGGUACGACUGCGUUUACCGUUCUAGUGACCGAUGCUGAAGGGGACGAUUUGACUUUCACCAUGUCAUGUAGCCCGUCCUGCGGUCCUUUCGAAAUCUUUAACUCGGGUCAAAUUCAAAUCAACACUGACUUAACCGGACACACGACGGUUGGAUAUGACCUAGAAAUCACCGUGUCUGAUUCAAAGAACACGGUUGGGCCGAGGCUUCUUACUAUAACAUUAGCGGAUAUUAACGACCCCGUUAUUUUGACCAACCUGCCAUCCACUGUAACGAUCACAGAAAACGUUGCUGUAGGAACCUCAGUUUUUGACGUCUCCUAUUCUGAUUCCGAUGCUUCACAAACACGCACGUUUGCUAUAACAAGUUCGUCGCCCACCAGUGGCACCGGAUAUUUCACGAUCGACCGUGACACCGGGAGAAUAACAACUUCAGCACUAAUUGACUACGAGACCAUUGCAGCAACAUCGUUUGACUUAAGUGUCACAGUAGCAGACCCUGUGACGUCAGAUGCGGCGGCAUUGACCGUUAUCAUUGCAAACGAAAACGAGGCUCCGUCGUUCGGUCAGGCUAGUUACAGUCUCUCUGCGGACGAGGGCAACGCUGGCACAGUGAUUGGUACACCCUCAUUUGGCUUGACAGACCCUGACAAUGGAGAUUCAAAGACAUUGUUAUUGGAUUGCGGUGCGCAGACGGGCUAUUUCUACAUGCAUCCAACAACCUGGGAGAUAAAAUUCCAGUCUAACUACGACCUUGACGCCAAUGCUCUUCCAACAACAGUUCCCUGCACAGUGACCGUAACGGAUAACGGGGGGUUAACCGACACUGCCACCCUAACUAUAACCAUCAACGAUGUUAAUGACAACGUUCCAAUCUUUUCCCCGCUAUCUUACACGUAUUACAUCAGUUAUUAUGCUAGCGCCGGAACAAGCGUCGGUACGGUAACGGCAACAGACAACGACGCGGGAGCUUACGGUGUAAUAACGUACACCCUUGACCAAGCGAGUCUCAGCGAGGAGUAUUUCGCUAUCGAUUCUUCGGGGAUGAUAACGACUAAAAUUCAGCCCUCUUCUGGCUCGUUAGGCUACGGUACAUCCGUAACAAUUACUGCAAUGGCGUCCGAUGUAGGUGGAAAUGAAGAUACUGCGACUGUUGUUAUUAUCGUAUCAGACACCACUACCACCAGCACGACAACGACUACAGACCGCUACAGAACGUUCUUGGAAGACAGUAAGAACGUGGCAUGGCUGGUUGUCGCGGGAGUG